UGGGGUCAGGGUUUCAUGGGGAGGUCAGCGCCAGUGCCUCUCACCUUGGAGUAUAUAAGAGCCGCGGCCCGCCUCCUGAAGCACUCACUCUCCUCUCCCACACUCCCUGCAGAAAUGAAGCUCAUCGUGUUCGCAGCCCUGGUCGGCGUGUGUCUGGGGGCCAAGCUGCCUGGUCACGUGGAUGGCGGCCACGACGGCCACCACAGCGAGCACCACGAGCACCAUGACGCGGGCUUCGUACAUCACGGGGACAUCCACCACGACCGCCCGCCCGUGGCCAUCCUGUUCGACGACCGCCAGGCCCCAGCAGACGGCUCCUACGCUACCAACUUUGAGACCGAGGAUGGCGUGAGGGUGACAGAGAAUGGCCAGCCUGGAUCAGCGGGGCAGGGCAACGUGGAGGGAUCCUAUUCCUUCACGGACCCUGAUGGCAACCUGGUGGAGGUGCGCUACGUGGCUGACGAGUUCGGCUUCCGCGCUGAGAGCCCCUACGUGCCCACGCCCCACCCCCUGCCCGCCCACGCCCUGCAGCAGAUCGCCUACGCGGAGGAGCUGAGGAAACUUCGUGAGCAGAACGGCGAGAUACAGUUCUCUUAAUUCCUGGGAGCUUGUUCACACCUGCGGUACCUGUUCUCCUUGUUCCCCUCUAGUAUCUUCCCUACAUUACCUACAUCUGUUCUUAAGAUGUUACACUUAGCUCCAAACAGCCUCGUAAGGACUAAUAAGUCUGCUGCUGUUUGUCCUUUGUGAUCCUUGGUGUUUAUAAUAAAUGCCUCACGUCCCUCCCUCCUCCUCCUCCUGCCUCGUCACCAAGUUCCUCCAUCAGAGUCCUUCACUAGUGGUUGUGGAGGUGAAAUAUAUACAUAAAUAAGUAGUCUAUUCCCCUGGGAGUCUCGUGCAUCUUUUGAAGGCAGGAGGAGGUAGGUGGGAGAAGGGAGGAGCGGCGCCCAUGCACAUAAUACAGCCACCCAGCUACUCAACCCUUGCCUCCCUAUUACUGUGGGUGGUUAGUCUGGUUUCACUCCCCUUACUGCAACUGUGUGUGGAUGAUUUCAAAUUGAGCACGACUACGAAUGCACUGAUCCACUACACCCGCCACACUACACCACACCCUCUCCCUUUAGAUAUGUGGAUACUGUACUGUACUUCAAGACACGCCCACUACUGCACGUAUUCACCUUACACCACAUCCACCCAACCACCCAACCCAUUUCUCCCUACAUGUAGGUGGAUAGCCUCAAUUUACACGCUUUCCUAUAAAUAUGUGUGGAUGAUUUCAGCCUAAAACACUAUCCACUGCACGAUCCACAGCACCACCACCACCACCACAAACCACCACCGCCACACUCACGCGACCGCCCUUUCUCCGUGUGGAUAAUCUCAUCUUAGACACGACCACUUAGCCACUUCACUACCCGCAUCCACACAUCCACCCACCCUAUACAAUCAAAAUAAUAACACAGGAAAAAAAAAAUAUAUAUAAUGAAAAUAAAUGUUCUAAAAAUAA